CUGUGCAGUAUAUAUAUGAUAGCUGGGAAGAUGUAGUCAUCAGUGUUAACAGUACCUACCAGUAUGAAGUGUGUGGUUCUUGCCCUCUUGGCCGUCGUGGCCACCGCCGCCCCCCAGUACGGAGCUCCUCCUCGCUACAGUUCAUCAAGCAAGGAGAUCCCCAUCUUGAGAGAUGAGCGGAUCCACGAGGAGGACGGCAGAUACAGCGUCGACGUGGAGACUGGCAACGGCAUCAUCCUGUCUCAGUCUGGCUCUCCCAGUGGCCCUGAGGGAGCUGUGGUCAAGGCUGGACAAUACUCCUACACUGCUCCUGACGGCACUCCCGUCGUUGUGAAGUUCGUCGCCGACGAGAACGGCUACCAACCUGAAUCUAACCUGCUGCCAGUGGCUCCCGAGUUCCCCCACCCAAUCCCUCAGUUCGUGCUGGACCAGAUCGCCUUCGCUGCUACAGAGGAACCUCGCCGCUACAGCUACGAUGAUUAGAGUAAAAGUUUAACUGACGAUAAGAGGUCUGUUAUAAGACUCUUGUUGAAAGAAAAACGUUCAGGAUUGAAUCAUGUUGUUGGAGUCUGUGUAUAUAUGAACUGAUCUGUAUUUAUUAUAAUAUGCAUAAUAAAAUCGUAAGAUUUAUCAUCA